AUUCUUUUCACUUCUCCAUCUUCCCCUUGAGGUCAGAUGUUGAUGACCGUGACUUCCACAGCCACAUUAGUCGAACCCCCAACAGUUGCACUAUAUAGCAAGUCCUCAACGCCAUCCUCCAUCCUUGUCAUCAACCCAAGCCGAGAGAGGAGCCUCACCAGAGAGAGAGAGAGAGAGAAAGAGAUGGCAGAAGAGUUCCGGCCAGGAACAUGCAGUGGAGGAAGCUGGUGGACGGCAGCUGAGUUGGUCGAAGCUAAAGCUCGGUCCUUCGACGAGUCCGCAGGGUCGGCCUGUGGCAGCUCAAUCACUUUCCAAGAGACUCAUAAGAUGCAACACCCCGACGGUGGACUCUCGCCUUCUUCCAUGACUUGGACUCAAGCGUUGCUGAACGGUGCCAUGCCGCAAGAGGAUCUCGGUUCGAGACCUACAGGCGGUGAGAGCUCGACAUCGAAUCCAUACGGUGACAUGAGCCAGAACUUGUUGUUGCAGCAGCAACAUCAUUUGAGCGAUGUUGGUGGCGGCUAUCAGAUCAUCACUCCCGCCUCCUAUGCAAGCUCGUCGAUGAUGUUGCAAGAUCUACUUGAAUCCGAGACGAAGCAGCAGCAGUUCAUCUAUGACGGUCGAGUGAGGAAUCAGUACCAGUCUCCAAUGUCCGCCGAUGGGGGAAGCUCAGAUGAGCUAUGGCAGCCUUCAUGGCUUUCCCACCUGCUAAAAUCCUCGCUGUCCAACAACACACCCUUAUGGAACGCCUCCGCCAGUGAUAUGAGGCCAGUUUUCCGUUCUCCGACGCCUUCCAAGUAUGUCAUGCAGCCAUCGGAGCCCAAAAUUGUUUGCGGUAGCACGCUCACAGCUAAGCAGAUGGAGUCAUCAGGAGGAGAUCGAGACUCAUGUUCUUCCUCGACCAAGAAAACUGGAAGCGAGGCUGCAACCAAAAAGCCCCGGAUAGAGACGCAUUCGCCAUUACCGACUUUUAAGGUGAGGAAAGAGAAACUAGGGGACAGAAUCACUGCUCUCCAGCAACUAGUUUCACCUUUUGGAAAGACUGAUACUGCCUCGGUUCUCCAAGAAGCCAUUGAAUACAUUAAGUUCCUUCAUGACCAAGUCGGUGUUCUAAGCAGUCCCUACUUUAAAAAUGGGCAGCCCAUGAAGCCAAAACAGGUACUAUCUUGUCUUUGCUACUGUGUCAGUGAGGGAUCAUACAACACAAACGCAAUGUGUUCAUGCAGAUACCUGAGGAAUCCAAGGAUUGCGAUGAACCGAAGCAAGACCUUAGAAGCCGAGGACUGUGUCUGGUUCCUGUCACGAGUACGUACCCGGUGGCAAGCGAGACCACAGCUGACUUCUGGCACCCUACGCUCGGAGGAACCUUCAGAUAGAUAACAGCUACAGGGUUCUGAAGAGAGAUAGGAGGAUGAAGCCUCUCUCUGAGCAACAACGUCUCGCACUUGCAUGCAAGGAAAGAUAAGAACUGCAGUGUGCUCUUAAUUAGGACCUCUAUAGCAGUAUGGAAAGAGAAACAACUCCAUUAAGAGAAGAUACAGCAAGAAGUGACCUUAUUGGCCCAGCUACAUGGAGAACAGAGUGAGAAGCUGACCAUCAAAAAGAGAGAGAGAGUGUGUGUGUGUGUGUGUGUGAUCAUAACAAUAUAGUAUUUUAUGAGAGGGUGGACAAGAAAUAGGAACAGGUGCUUGCUGAAUUUAGCAGAAGGGAAUGAGGAGGGGUGGAUGGGAAAAGGAUGGUGGGUUUUUGUUCCUGUUUGAGGUGUUCACAGUUUUCUUUUCAUAUAGAAAAGAAAUUGAACAGCAUUAAGGAAUAAUUGAGAUGAGGGAUAUAUAGGGGCAUGUGUGUGCCCUUUUUUGUUCUGGGGAUCCUAACUUUUGAUUGAUUUGAAUGCUCUCAUGGAGGGGAGAGGUGAUGAUGGCCCCCCUUCCAAUCUCACUCUUCCUUUUGACUAUGAUCACGCUGGAUUUUAAGGGUUGGAAAACCAUUUUAUUCUU